ACCCUUUCUACCGCCUAAAACCCUGAUGGCCAUAGACAGGAAUCUGAUCGAAGAAGAAGGAUGCCUCCACCGUUUCUACAAAAUUGUUCUUGGCUGGGACUAUCUACGUCUUCUCAAAGAAUCCUCCAAAAAGAGCAAAAAUACUGUGAAUGAAAAGAAUUUGGGGUUGAAACACGUAAAGGACACGUAUAAAGAUGUAGAUGAUUACCUUGGCACAUUUGAGCCACUCUUAUUUGAAGAAGUUAAAGCUCAGAUCGUACAAGGCAAAAAUGAGGAAGAAGAAACGGAGUGGAAGAUGGGUAUGGUAAUACAAUGUCAUGAAACCGAUGGGUUUCAUUUACCAGAGAUAUUUGGUGAAGACUGGGGAUCUGUAUCACAGAACGACUUGUUGCUGCUCACGAAAAAGAAGUUUGGAGAUGAUAACGAACUUCCCACCACAUAUGCAUUUGCAUUGGUUGAGCAUCGUCUACCAGAUAAGAUAAGACUCAGAAUGCAAUUAGAUGGAGAAAUAAAGAGAGUAGAUACAGAUGAGUCCAGUUCUUCCAAAAGGCUGUUGAAAAUGCGGUCUCUUAUUGUCGAACAAAACAAAACUUGGAGCAUAAUGAAGAUUUGCAGUUUAUCAACCAUAGCACGUGAGUAUGUAGCUCUGCGUUCAAUUAGCAGCUUGCCAUACAAGGAUUUGAUUUUAACAGCCGCUGAUAGCAUUCAGAAUUCUGAAGAUCAGGCGUGGAAAAUUUCUAAGCCUCUUAUGGAAUUUAUCCAAACUAACCACAACACAACACAGCUGGAAGCUAUACGUGCAGGUCUUUCACGCAGAAAGUUUGUCCUGAUUCAGGGUCCGCCAGGAACAGGAAAAACACAAACAAUUCUUGGGCUUCUUAGUGCCAUACUGCACGCAACUCCCGCACGCAUACAUGCUAAGGGCAAAAUAAAUGAAAUAAAACGUGGGCCAGAUUUACACAUCCAAGACAAAAACAAUCACUGGGGAAAAGCUUCUCCAUGGUUAUAUGGCAUUAAUCCUAGAGAUGCAAAGAUGCCUAAAGAUGGUGAUGAUGGUUUUUUUCCCACUACUGGUAGUGAGCUGAAACCAGAAGUCGUUAAUUCUAGUCGCAAAUAUCGCGUCCGUGUUCUGGUGUGUGCUCCAUCAAACUCCGCACUUGACGAGAUUGUGUUGCGGCUUUUAAGCACUGGCAUUCGAGAUGAAAAUGACCGAGCAUACACUCCUAAAAUUGUUCGGAUUGGCCUCAAGGCACAUCAUUCUGUCCAAGCUGUUUCUAUGGAUUACCUAGUGGAACAAAAACUUGCAGGCAUGGAUUUCCAAACUGCUGAUAAACAGAAGCAUGGAGGUGGUGCUAGGGACAGAGAUACAAUCCGUGCUUCAAUCAUGGAUGAAUCGGCAAUUGUAUGCAUUUUUAGCUUUAUGAUGAAGCUGCUCAAGCAGUGGAACCUGCAACACUUGUCCCUUUGGCCAGUGGAUGCAAACAAGUGUUCUUGGUUGGUGAUCCUGUUCAGUUGCCAGCAACUGUUAUUUCUCCUGUUGCCGAGAAGUUUGGGUAAGAACUUAAUGAGCUGUUUAAAAGGUCAGGUUCCAGAUUCUGACAUUCUUUAUCUGUACAACAGUUACAGUAUGAGCUUGUUUAAAAGGUUUCAAAAGGCUGGAUAUCCCGUACAGAUGCUGAAGACACAAUACAGGAUGCAUCCCGAGAUUAGAAGCUUCCCUUCGAAAGAAUUCUACAAUGGAGAAUUGGAAGAUGGAGCGGAUAUUAGAGACAGGACAAAGCGUUUGUGGCAUAAAUACCGUUGUUUUGGACCUUUUUGUUUUUUUGAUAUACAUGAAGGGCAAGAAACACAACCUUCAGGGAGCGGAUCAUGGGAAAAUGUUGAUGAGGUUGACUUUAGCUUGCUAAUGUAUCAUAAAUUAGUCAGUAGUUAUCCAGAGCUGAAGUCAAGUUCUCGGCUUGCAAUUAUAUCCCCGUACAGACAUCAAGUGAAGCUCUUUCGUAGUAGGUUUAAGGAGACAUUUGGGAUAGAUUCAGAGAAAGUUGUGGACAUCAACACCGUGGAUGGUUUCCAGGGCCGAGAAAAGGAUGUUGCAAUAUUUUCAUGUGUUAGGGCAAGCAAAGAGAGAGGCAUUGGAUUUGUUGCUGAUUUUCGGCGAAUGAAUGUUGGUAUAACCAGAGCAAGGGCUUCUGUGCUGGUGGUUGGUGCAGCUGAUGCACUGAGAAAAGAUGAGCACUGGAAAAACCUGAUUGAAAGUGCAGAGGAGAGAAAUUUUCUAUUCAAGGUUUCUAAGCCCUACACUGAAUUCUUCAGUGACAAUAGCCUCACAUCCAUGAUGGCAGAGGAGGCCAUGCCAGAGGGAUUGGGCCCAGAUGACAUGGACACUGAUGCACUGGGUUAUGAUCUUGCCGUUGAUGCUGAUCAAGCUCCAGUCGACGAUGAUUAUGGAGAUGAUGUUGGCGGAGGAGACGAUGGAGGCAUGGAUGACUAAAAGCUAAAAAAAUUAUUGGGUGCAUGAUUCGGUUCAAUCAAUUAUACAUAACCCAUCAUGCUAUAAGUUCUCAGUUUACAUCAAAUAGUACUAGAAAUUCAUGUAUCUUGGUAGCAGUCUGGAAAAGAAAAAAAAGAAGACUGAAAAUAUGUAGGGAAAUAGGAAAAUUAUUGUACAAUGAUGUUGGUAUCCAAGUGAAGAUUACUAUAUAAUUCUAGGUUUAGCCAACUGUAAAUUCUUGCUGAAGUUUGUCUUAUUUUUGUUCUAGAGAUAUUUGGUUGUGCUUGUUAACUACAAAUAACACAAAUGUCUAAAAUGUAA